AUGUUCUGCGCCAGGCUGAAGGAACUGAAGAUAUCCGGAGAAUGUCCGUUCUCCAAAAGCAACCAGCAGCAGAAGGAGAAGCAGGACGAGCAGCAUGGAGAUGCUGGGGAGAGCUCGGUCGUGCACGUCGGGAGAAAUACGCACGAGCCCACACCGAGACCGAGGAGCAGCAGAGCCAAAGUCAACCUACAUACCCUCGGAGAAAGCAUUCGCAAACUGGCGUGUCCCCAGUUUCAGAGGCUUCACGCUGCCCUCCAAAUAAUGAUGAGCCAAAGCAAGAAAUCUGAAAGCAUUGCAUUUUGUUGCACAGACUGUAGAGAAGAACCGGAGCAUUUGUUGGAAAUGAUGACCGCUUACUCCACCAAAACAGCAAUCCCAAUGGAAGCUUUGAGAGUGUCUCUCGGCGAAGAGCUCUUCCACAUGUGCUACGAAGAAGAUGGCCACAUUUUGCGGGUUGUGGGGGGCGCACUUCACGACUUCCUCAACAGCUUCAACGUGCUUCUGAAGCAGAGCAAUGCACCCCCAGCAGAUGGAGGGGAUUGUGUAAACGAAGCAUCGGUGCUGUGCUUGGACAAAGAUCCGGGUCUGCUUACUGUCUACUUCUUCAACCCCCGCCCCACAACUGAGCUUUUCUUCCCUGGGGUCAUCAAGGCAGCCGCUCGUGUGCUGUAUCACACCACCGUGGAUGUUCUGAUGGACCCCCCCAGUGCCAAAGACAGCAUCCUUCAGUCUAAUCCACAGCACAGUCAUCUCUACACAGUGAUUGUCAAGGGGGAUAAAAGCCUGAGCCCAAGUCCUCUGCGGGCGACCUCAGCUGGGACCCUUCCUACCUCUUUGUUUUCCACUAUCUUCCCCUUCCAUCUCAUUCUGGACCAGGAUCUGGUUCUGGUGCAAAUUGGGCAUGGGCUCAGAAAGAGACUGAGCAGGAAGGAUGGCCUCAGACGUGCUUCCACCUUUCAAGAACACUUCUCAAUCGUGCGUCCCCAGAUUAAAUGCUCCUUUCAGGGCAUCCUGACCAUGCUCAACACCCAGUUUGUCCUUCGGAUCAAGCACGGGGUCUCGGGAGCAGACAACACAGUGAAGCCCAUGGACCUCAAGGGCCAAAUGAUCUACGUUUCCGAGUCCAACGUGAUCUUGUUCUUGGGUUCGCCAUGUGUGGAUAAGCUGGAGGAGUUAACGGGCCGCGGCCUCUACUUGUCUGACAUCCCUAUUCACAACGCGUUACGUGAUGUGGUCCUUGUUGGCGAACAGGCCAAAGCACAGGACGGCCUAAAGAAGCGUCUGGGCAAAGCCAAAGCUGCUUUGGAGCAGGCUCACCAGGCGCUUGAGGAAGAGAAGAAGAAAACAGUGGAUCUCCUCUUCUCCAUCUUUCCCGGCACUGUAGCUCAGCAGCUGUGGCAGGGUCAGGCAGUCCAAGCCAAGAAUUUUGAGCAGGUCACUUUGUUGUUUUCUGACCUGGUGGGCUUCACUGCUGUUUGCUCGCUCUGCACGCCGAUGCAAGUGAUUACCAUGCUCAACGAGCUGUACACCAGGUUUGACCACCAUUGUGGGGAGCUUGAUGUUUACAAGGUACACAUUGGGGAUGCAUAUUGUGUAGCCGGUGGCCUACAUAAGGAGAGUGACACUCAUGCGACCCAGAUCGCACUGACUUUAAAGAUGAAGGAACUUUCUGAUGAAGUCAGGACACCAACUGGAGAACCUUUGCAGAUGCGAAUCGGCCUGCACACUGGAUCAGUGCUCGCUGGUGUCGUCGGAGUAAAGAUGCCACGUUAUUGUCUUUUCGGUAAUAACGUCACCCUGGCCAACAAGUUUGAGUCGUGCAGCCAACCCCGAAAAAUCAACAUCAGCCCGACCACGCACAGAUUACUGAAGGAGCGUCCAGAGUUUGUUUUCAUUCCCAGGAGCAGGCAGGAGCUUCCGCCCAACUUCCCAGAGGACAUUCCUGGUAUUUGUUACUUUUUAGAGGCUUCCAUCAAAACUUCACAACUGACUCAGAAAUGA